AUGGCACGGAGUAGUUGCGGGAUGACGUUGUGGCUCGAUGUGGCGAGUGAACGCGUAGACGCCUCGGCGAGUAGAUGGCGUCCCGCAAGGCCUCCCGCGUUGUCGUUUGCCUCUGCAUGCUCCGGUACGCACGCAUUGGGCCGGGUGAAGGUUCUGCCCACAGACCCACUGCACCAUCCCAGAAUGAAGAUGAUCAGCAGCCUUGUUUUCCUCGCCCUCCAUGCACUCGCCGCAAGCAGCACCGCGCUGAAGAAGGGCGACUGCCCGCUCGACACCUCUGUCUCUAUGCACAUCCCGGCCAACCAGACCGCGCUCGUGCAGCCCGCCACGGCCCCGCUCUUCGUCGCACUCGGCGUUGGGUUUCAGAACUACACGUGCAACGCGGCGGGCACGUUUGCGUCGAUCGGCGCGGUCGCCUCGCUGUUCGACCUCUCCUGCAUCGCGCACAAAAAGGCGUUCAAUACCGUGGCCGCGCGCGCGUAUGACGCAUGGGUUGCCGCCCCGCCUGGCGUCAGCCAGACAUACAUCGGGGCCGAAGUCGGCGUUCCGGUCCUCCUCGGGUUCCACUACUUCAUCGCGUCGCCCCUCGGCACGCCCGGCGCGAUCAACGCCAAGUGGGACUUCACGUCCACCGGCCGGUUCAAAGGCGACGAGACGGCCUUCGUCGUCGGCGCCAAGGUCGGCGACAUCCCCGCCCCGCCGCCCGCGGUCGACGCAGUCACGGUCGACUGGCUGAUGCUCAACGGCAUCCCCAACUUCGAUGCGCUUGCGGCCCAGGUGUUCAGAGUGGACACCGUUGGGGGGCAGCCGCCGACUUCGUGUGUCCCGGGCACGGACACGACGAUUGAGGUCAAGUAUGUCGCCAAGUACUUCUUCUACUGA